CACGCUGGCACCCAUGUUGACUUCAACUGCUCGACAGAUGAGCCAAAUGCUACAGUGAAGCUUCUGUUUACACAUGAUUUUGGUUCAACUUGGAGAGUUAAAACUCUUGCGCCAGACAGACUUGUUUUAAAGGAGCAGGUUUUUACCUUAAUGAACGUCGUUCUUAGAGAUGGCGGUAGCUACGCUUGCAACGCGACAGAUCAGUCAGGUCAAACCAUCCAAUGGCCAAAUAGUCGUGGAAUAAUCUUAUACGUAAGAUCAGGUGUGUUUAUUUUGCUUUGUUAAAGGGGCUAUGUCAUGAGUUGUUGUCUUGGGUAAAUUCUUUGCUUAAAAAAGUCAUUACAGUUGAACCCAGUUAAUACGGUCACCAAUGGUCCAAAUUUAAAAAAUUUGGCCGUAAUAACGAGGUGGCCGUAAGGAGGGGUUACACUGUACUUAAUGCCCUUACUCAUAGACAAAAUGCUCCUAUAGAGUUUUAAAAAAGAUAGUAUCCGACCAAUCUCAUCAGGGAGCACUAACCAUGGUAAUUUUUAAAUUUUUGGUGAUUUUUGGAGGCAUGGUAUUAAAACUUGAUACCGUUGGCCUAAUUUUUUCAAGUUCAAUGCCUGAUCGGCCGCGUAAAAACAAACGAGAGGAAAUUAACAGUUUCUUCAACGCCUAAAUAUAUAGAGGCACCCAACAAGAGUAUAGUUCAAAACCACUUAAACAUGGCAUUGUUAAACGUAUUUUAGUAUUUAAAUGGUAGAUAAAGGAAUAUUUUUAUCCCCUAAAAAUUUUUCGUGAUCUGUUCGGAUUUCCUAGCUGAAAGUCUAGUGAUCUGAAAAUUAUGGGGAUCAAGACUUACCUUUCCGAAAAUUUCAGGCAGAAACAAGGCUCCCGAAAAUUUUAGGGUCGUUAAAAAUGUUCAAUUAUACCAUUUUUUAGAUGUUCGAAAAUCCUAGGAGAGGCAGGCAGGCAAGAAAUUUUACAACAAAUGUUACAAAAAUUCUAGAUCUCAAAUCGUCUUCCGAACAGAUGUUUUCCGAAAAUUGACGUUGGGUGCCCCUGAAUUAAUUACAUAGUCUGAGUUGCAAAAUUUUAAAAACUGGACCAUUUUUGUUUUGGUAUUUAAUUGAUUGAUCAGUUUUAUCUUUUCAAAGACAGCGAAUCGUGUGACGUAGACCCCCACUUUAUAGACAAGCAACGUGACUGAGUAUAGCUGUUAGAAAGUUCGUGCGCAUAUAUCAUUGUUUAUUUUGACUUGUACCGGUGACAGUAUGCGCCAAAUGAACGGUUUCCGCAAGAGUUGUGUGAUACCCGGGGGAUACUCAACAAUGUUUUAUUCGGGGAGGCUCCGUCCCGAGGUCUGCCCCCUUACCCACCGCCGUAUACGCACCCUUUUUGCCGUACUGAAGAAUAUAUCACAAAACCAGAACGUUUUCUCGACUUUUUCACAGACAUAAAAUGCGUGUUAACCCUUUAAAGCCUUGUAUAGACGAAAACAACAUAUCUCCCCACGCUUUCAUCCACCUCAACUAAUUAAAUCCCUACCUUUUUCCAUCCUUGAAGCAUGAAAACGGUAACCCUGUUCGGGCGGAACCUCCCCAUAUAGGACAUUGUGGUAAGGACCUCUCUUCAGGGGAACCCAACGUCUGAAUUUUUGGAAAAUAUCUGUUCGGAAGACGAUUUGAGAUCUAGAAUUUUCGGAACAUUUGUUGUAAAAUUUCUUGCUUGCCUGCCUCUUCUAGGAUUUUCGAACAUAUUAAAAAUGGUAUAAUUGUCCAGUUUUAACGGAUUUUUACCCUGAAAAGGUCACCUAGAAUUUUCCGGAGACUUUUUCAAACUGAUUUUUUCGAAAAGGUAAGUUUUUUGAUCCCUAUAAUUUUCGGAUCACUAGACUUGCAGCUAGGAAAUCCGAACAGAUUAAAAAUUCUUAGGGGACGAAAAUAUGCCUAUAUCUACCCUUUAAAUACUAAAAUACGUUCAACAAUGCUAUGUUUAAGUGGUUUUGAGCUAUAUUCUCGUUGGGUGCCCUUGUCUCUUCCGGGCGGGGUUGUGUUAUAAAAAUAGGUGCAGGUAUUUAUAUAUAUUUUAUAACAUUUUAAAUAUAUUGUCCAAUUUUGUUUCUGUUUGGUUGUUGUUGUUGUUUUUUUCAUUCUAUGAGGUUUUUUGUGCUUUAUCAAAAGUUUUAUUCAUUUAUUUAUUUUUCAUACAUGUUCUUGCGAGGAGUAUGAAAAAUAAUAUCUUUCAUUUUCUCCUCAGUUGAACUGCCAAAACAUUUUGUGUUGAUUCCGAAAAAAUCUAUCACUCUGUUUCGAGGGCAGGAUAGCAGAGUAACUUGUGAAUGUGAUGGUGCUGCAGAUGCCACUCUAAAGUGGGAAAAGAAAGGGAAUAAAGGAUCAUAUUCGGUUGUCCCGGAAAGUAAAGUCACCAUCAUUAAAGAUCUGAUAACCAACAGAGUGCAGGCUAUUCUGAAGAUUGUUAAUGCCCAAUUAACAGACUCUGGUUCAUACAAAUGCACCGUAAUGGUAGAACCUGAUAAAUCAGAUUAUAGGUUGACAACUGUGAGAGUUAUAGGUAGGUUUGUCAGGCAGGGUUUUUACACAUUGACAGGAGCCCAUAAUGGUUAUGGGCUCCUGACAUUGAAUGAUAACUGGGCUUUUAACCAAGUGGACGGGGAAGGGGGGAGGAAAUUGAACAAAAUUUUUUACUGCCAGGCAUUGGUUUCCUAAAUACGAGAAUGCGCCGUCCUGAAGUGAAACCCCUUACCCAAAUUCUGCUGUUUUUACAGCUACCAUUUUGACAAAAAAGGUAUAGCCCUUUCGACCAUCCAUUGAGAAAGCAUCAUCCCUUUCCUAAACCCUUGGAAUAAAGCUAAUGAAUGAUGUUAAGGGAGAACAGCCACACGUACAGCACUCUCGAUGUUUGAGUUAUGAUCCCUCACUGGAACCACCCGCGGCAAUUAAAAUAAAAUCUCUUUGACCGUCCUUUGCCAAACUUGAUGUUGUAAUAACAUUUUGAUUUUAUUUCAUCGUUAUUUAUUGGCAUAGCUUAGUAAAUCCCUAAAAUAAUAGGGCGAGGAUCUGAAAAAUAUGGGUAAAAAUUUCUUCGGCGAAAUCCUGUUCGAUAAUGAUAAAAUACUUAUCGUAAGAUCAACGUGUUUUCGUUUUCCACGGCAGCUAAGUUGGCAGACCACUUCAGGCUGAGACCAAGCAGAUCAGUAACUGUGCUACAAGGCAAGGAGGUAAAAGUCAAAUGUGAAUCAAAGGGUGUUUCAGUCACCAAGCUACAGUGGAAUAAACAAACAAUUACAGGGGAUGUGCCUGUUCCAGACAACAUGGUCACUUUUGUUAGAGAUAGAUACACCAACGCCAUGAAGGCUAUCCUCAAGAUCGCGCAUGCUAAAAUUGAAGAUGCUGGUCUGUACAAGUGCGUGUUGACGGCUUUUGGCAAGACUGACUUCAAGCGGAUCAAGAUAACAGUGAAAGGUUAG